AUGAUGGAUUUCCCUCAUCUCUCUCCAGAAGACAAAAGGAAACACAAGAAGAAGCAUCUGGUUCAGAGCCCCCAUUCCUAUUUCAUGGAUGUGAAAUGCCCAGGAUGUUAUAAAAUCACCACUGUCUUUAGCCAUGCACAAACAGUAGUUUUGUGUGUUGGCUGCUCUACUAUCUUCCACCAUCUUACAGGAGGAAAAGCAAGGCUUACAGAAGGCUGCUCAUCCAGGCAGAAGCAGCACUAA